UUAACCCUUCCCGGCCCGCUGGGCCGUCGGGAAGGUGACCCCCGGGGGUCAGUGGGGAGGCGGAUGAGAGAGGAGGGACCCCGGGGGCGGGGCUGAGGAGGAUAAGAGUCCCGGUUGGGGUCGGGCCCACCUCCCGCCUCCCUCCCGGCCCGACCCCCAGCAUGCGACCCGGAGGCUGCCCUUCGGGCCCAGCGCUUCGCAGACGGCUGCAGACCGCGGCCGUGAUCCAGUGGGUCUUCUCCUUCCUGGGGCUCGGCCCGCUGUGUCUGGUCCUGUUCGCCCUGACGUUGGUCAGCCGGGCCUGGCUGGUGGCCCUGGGCUACGCCGCCUGGCUGUUCUGGGACCGGGAGACCCCCCGCGCCGGAGGGCGUCGAAACGCCUGGGUCCGCAACUGGCCCGUCUGGACCCACUUCCGAGACUAUUUCCCCAUCUCCCUGGUGAAGACCGCUGAGCUCUGUCCGUCCCGAAACUACCUGUUCGCCUUCCACCCUCACGGGGUCCUGGUGGCCGGGGCGUUCGCCAACUUCUGCACGGAGGCCACCGGCUUCUCGCGGCUCUUCCCGGGCCUGCGGCCUUACCUGCUCAUGCUGCCCUGCUGGUUCCGUCUCCCGCUCUUCCGGGACUACAUCAUGAGUGGCGGUCUGGUCUCCUCGGACAAGGCCAGCGCCUCUCACGUGCUGGGCCAGGCCGGGGGCGGGCAGGUGGCCGUGAUCGCGGUGGGCGGCCCCGCCGAGGCACUGGAGGCCAGACCCGCAGCCUUGACCCUGCACCUCCGCAACCGGAUGGGAUUCAUCAAGCUGGCCCUGGAACACGGGGCUUCCCUGGUCCCCGUCUUCUCCUUCGGCGAGAACGAUCUGUACGACCAAGUCCCCAAUCCGCGGGGCUCGGGCCUGCGCCGCGUCCAGGAUUGGCUCCUCCGCCGGCUGGGCCUCGCCUUCCCUCUCUUCCACGCCCACGGCCUCCUGCCCUUCCGCAGCCCGGUGACCACAGUCGUGGGCGCCCCCCUCCCCGUGCCCCGGACGGCGCAGCCCAGCCGGGCUCAGGUGUCCAGCCUCCACCGGACCUACGUGGCCGCGCUCAUCCGCCUGUUCGAGGAGCACAAAGGCCGCUACGGGGUCCCCCCGGACCGACACCUGGUCAUCGACUAGACGUCCCCCGGACCUGGUCACCCGCCGGUCCCCCCGUCUGCCACCUGGUCACCGACUGGUUCCCCGGCCCCCCGGUCUGACACCUGGUCAUCGACUCAUUCCCCCCCCAACCCCGAACGACACGUGGUCAUCGACUAGAUGCCCUCCCGGCCCCAUACCUGGUCACGGACUGGUUCUCCUCCCUCCUAGUCUGCCAGCUGGUCAUCGACUGGUUCCCCCCUCCCAGACCGACACCUGGUCAUCGCCUAGACACCCCCCGGCCCCAUACCUGGUCACCGAGUGGGGGGACACCGGCCCGAACCCUGGUCAUCCACUAGAUGACCCCCACACCGUCGCUAUGGGGUUCCCCAGGACCUGGUCAUCCACCAGACGCCCCCCUCUCGGCCCUACAGCUGGUCAUCGACUAGCCCACCGCCCCCCACACCCCCACCAUGGCGGGGCGCCGCGGACCCCCUCUCCCUCCUCUCGUUCCCGGUGUCCCCCCGGGGCCCGGGUCUGUCUCUGCCCCCUCCCCCAGCCCCGGGAGCCGCUACUGCAAUCUAAAUAAAAAGGAGUCUGCCACGUG